AUGGACAGCAGCAAGGCGGUACUAAUUGACCUGCUGCGGUUCCUUCCACUCGUGGAGGAGCGGCUUCUGGGCAAAGACUUUGACGUCUCGGACACACUCCAGCUGACCCAUUUGCGCCAGUCCGUGGAGAUGCUGGAGAGCAUGGCUGCAAAAUGCGAAUCCGCUAUAAGCAUCGAGGAGGCGUCUGAAAUUCGCAAGCGCAUUGCGGUUGUGCGCGAGACCGUCGAUGUCUUAUCGCUCCGCAGCUCUCCCGCCCAUUCGCCUUCUCAAUAUCGCGACGUGAUGCUGUUGCCAGGCCGCGGCACAGCUCCUGAAGCAUGCGACGCAGACUACGCUAGCUGUCUGAACAUGACAAACGAAGAGUUCGAUGCCCUUAUCGAGGAGUGGGCUGAGGACCGUGAGAGGCCACCGACAACCAUUAAGGUUAAGAAGAAGGGGCGCAUGUCGUCCGAUGUCGCUGAGGAGCAAAUCCGUAUCGACCUGGUGAAGCUAGCCGACACCAUGAAAUCGAAAGCGCUGUGGUACCGCGACUUGCUGGUCAAGGAUAACGAGGCCCUGUCUAAGUACACCGUGGAGCAGGAGAAACAGCUGGACACGGUGACACAUGCAGCCAACGAAGCUGCCAAAUUAGCUAAGACAGCGCGGCUCUCGUUGCGCCAAUCGCUGUUCAUGAUCGCAUCAUUAUUCUUUGCGGUGGUGUUUAUGAUGAUGGUCUUCAUCAUCACUUAA